UAGCAACAGUUUUUGCAAACGAUUCUUUACAUCGUUACCAAUAAUCCUUACAAAACGUUAUAAUGGCAGAAGAAGAAGUAGUCGAUAUUCUAAUCCCAGUUUGUCGUUGGAUACGUGGCCAUUAUACAAAAUUAACAAGUGGUAAUCAGGCAAAAUGUAAUCAUUGUGCAGAAAUCACUAUAUAUACGAGUAAUAAUAGAUCCUUAGCUAAUUUACAUGAACAUUUGGUGAAGAGACAUCCAGACAUAUUAUCAGAAGAAGAGAAGAAAGAAGAUAAAUUCGAUUGGGCUUGGGAUUAUUUUAUCGCAAAAAGCGAUAGAGAGGCAACAUGCAAAUUAUGUGGCUCAUCAAUUACGUAUCGAAGAGUAUUUCAACUCAAGAGUCAUUUAAAACGUAUUCACAAGAUAUUCAAUCCAAAUUCAGAUCUGGUAGAGGGCAAUAACGAGAGCAAUUCAGACAAUGACAUGAUUGCAAAUGAGGAUAUAAUUAAAAAGACAGAUUUUAUUCCAGCUCGUCUUUAUAUACGUAAACAUUACACAAAAUUACCAAAGCGUAAUGAUGCAAGAUGCAACUAUUGUAAUGUAAAAUUCGCCAUACUUAACAAAAGAUUAGCUAUUUUACAUGACCAUUUGGUGAAGAGACAUCCAGACAUAUUAUCAGAAGAAGAGAAGAAAGAAGAUAAAUUCGAUUGGUCUUGGGAUUAUUUUAUCGUAAAAAGCGAUAGAGAGGCAACAUGCAAAUUAUGUGAGUCAUCAAUUAAGUAUCAACAAGUAACUCCACUCAAGAAGCAUUUAAAACGUAUUCACAG